AAAUCUCUGAACGAAAUCAAACGAUAAUUUAUUGGGGUAAAAUGAAGAUAAAAUAAGGUUUAAAAAUUGGUUUGUUUAUAAUGUAAACGAUAUUUACGAUUGUGAAGUUUAUAUGCAAUCAUAAUAGUAGCUUCCACAGUAGUAUUUUGAACGUGAGCUAUUGUUUAUUUACAAAACGAAGAGUAAGCAUCAUGUGCGACAUAAAAGUGGAGCCCAAAGAUGUAGAAAUAUGCCGCGGCUGCCUCAGCCCGAGCAGGCGGCUGUCGCCCGUGGACGCCGCCGACUAUCUGCCGCUCCUGACGGAAGACCAAACACUUGAACUGGAUGUGAACAAGCCCGCGGUGUUGUGCUGGGAGUGUGCGGCGCUGCUGCGCCGGACAGUGCUGUUCCUCGCGCGGGUGCAGAGAGCACACCGCAUCCUGCACGACUACUCACAACUUGUACCAAUAAUAACCACCUUGUCUUCACUUUCUGUCCAUCACAACUUUGAAUAUGAUGCAGUUUUUGAAGAAAAUACUCCACCUGAAUUACCACUCCUUUAUAAAGAACCGAGCUCCUUGGUACACCAUGAUAAAGUGGUUGUACCCACAAAAUACAAAACUGAAGAUACAAAAACUGAUGUUAAUAUUAUAAAAACUGUUAAAGUUGUUUUAGAAGAUGUUCUACAAAAGAAUAUUAAAUCAGAAUGUCCCAGUGAUGAUAGUGAUGAUGAUUACAGUGUUGAUGAUGAUGACAGCUGCAGUUCAUCUGGAGAAGUAAUUGAUACUAGAAAUGAUAGUAGAGAAACCAUACGAAUUGUUGCUAUUAAUAAAUUACCUGUUGUAAAACAACAAAAUUUACAAGAGGAACCGGAGAUAACUAGAGAUAUAAUUAAAACACCAGCGUUACUGAAACUGGAACAGGAAUUACAACAAUUCAUUAGGUCCAAUAAAGUUGCACCAAAAAGAAGAAGAGCUAAUCCAGCACAAAGAAAAUCAGUAAAAAUUGUAAAACAUAAUUCAAAUAAGGGUAGAAAUAAGUCUAAAAUAAAGGUUGAAAUUGACUUGGACAAUCCCGCUGACAAAGCUGAUUUAAACCUUAGUGCACAGACAAAUUUCAAAUUAAAUGAAACCCCCUUUUACAAAAAAGCACAAAAGAAAAAAGAAAAAACGCAAAGUAAAGUAUUUUCUAAAUACAGGGAAGUAAGAACUAGAUUCAGAAAUAUUGAAGAGGUUUUACCAUAUUUUAGAGAAAUCGAAAUGAAUGAGCAAGAUUUAAAGCGCACUUUAGAAAAGGAUGACGCGAUCGUUGAUAAACUCAGGCCCCACAAAUGUAACCUAUGCGGGUAUCAAUAUGCGCUCGCUAAACAUUUGAGGGGACAUGCCCUCGCUAAGCAUAAGAGCACCCACCCCGAGCUGUUCGAGAGGUCUGUGUUCCGCAACCCGGCGCCGGCGCUGCCGCCGGUGUUGCGCGCAUGCGCGGCGUGGCGCUGCGCGGUGUGCGCGCGCGCGCUGCGCCGCGCCCACCUCGUCGCGCACAUGAACGAGGCGCACCCGCGCAAGUAUCUCUGCAACGCCUGCGACUGGAGCGUCAAGCCUUUCUGGACGAAAGCAGAUCGCCAGCGCCACUGGAAGACCGUUCACAAGCAGUUCAUAUGUGACAUCUGCAACAAACGGAAGCGAACAAAGGCUGCGAUGGAGCUUCAUAUGGAAGACGCUCACUCUUCGAGCUCGCGGCGGCGCUGCCCGCACUGCCCCGCCACGCGGGCGAGCCGCGGCGCGCUGCUCCGCCACCUGCUGCGACACCAGCGCCAGCACCAGCGCCAACACCAGCGCCAGCACCAGCCCGCGCCCGAGCCCGCCGAGCUGCGCUACUGCGUGCAGUGCGACAUCACCUACAAGACCGUCCAGUCCUGCACCAACCACUUCCGCAUCUACCACUCGGGGAUACCGCAGAAAAAAUUCCAGUGCGCACACUGUGGCAAGAGCUUCACCAGAAAAUCGAGUCUCAUAAAACAUAUAAACCUCGCUCACAACGGCAAAUCUGACUACCAGUGUCACAUAUGCGGCAAGUACUUGAACAAACGAUGGACGCUACGAAACCACCUGAACAUCCACAACAACGUGAAAGUGAGAGUUCCGAAGAAUCACCGGUGCCAUGUCUGCGGGCACAUGUUUGUAAGCAGCAGCAGCCUCCAGUACCACAUGAACAUGCACACGGGCGCGCGGCCGUACGGGUGCACAGAAUGCGAGGCCGCCUUCACGCAGCCCUACACGCUGCGCCUGCACCUCGCUAAGCAGCACCAGAUUCAAGCCAGUAGCGUGAGGAACGACGGGACCAUUAUACUGGCAACUAAACCACUAAUAUAACCUUCAACUUGAUUACA